ACAAAGGUUAUUAACUGAUUACACAAGUGGGAGGAGCAUCGAACACAAUGAAUGAAAUUGGUAAAGUUUUUGAAGGAGACAAAGAGACUCGACCACACCCUCAACUUAAUGACGACUUGAUCCGCACAAUGCACUCGGUGUUCUCUGCGGCGCGCUGCUUCGGCGUGCCGGUGUGCGGCGGGGGGGCGGCGCGCGCGUGGGCCGCGCUGCUGCUCGCGCUGCACGUCUGUAUUGAGGGCGGAUCGGUCUACAAACUGGUCAAGAACUUGGCUGGGCUGACGGCUUAUUCUACUGGGAAUCGCAGCGUGGUAGCCCGUCUCUCCGGCGCCAUAUUCUACGGCAACGCGCUGCUCUCGCUGGUGGUAUUCUGGCGGCUGCGGGCGGCGUGGGCGCGGCUGCUGCGGGACUGGGCGGGCGCCGAGCGCGGGGGCGCCCUGCCCCUGCCCCCCGACAAGGCGCUGCGCAGGAACCUGUGGCUGGUGGUGGCCGUGGUCGCUGUUUGCUCGUGUGUGGAGCAUGGGAUGAGUAUGGCAGCUAAUAUAAACUUGGACUACCCACCACCGAUCGUGUUUAAGGAAUACAUACUGAACUCGCAUGCCUUUCUUAUCAUUCCGAGUGACUAUUCGUUACCGCUCGGCAUAGCAAUAUUUGUCAUUAGCAAAGCGGCGACAAUACUCUGGAAUUUCCAAGACAUGGUCAUCAUUCUCGUGAGCCUGGGCCUGGCCUCCAGGUAUGGAAGGCUGAACAAAUAUGUGCAUCAUCUGACCAAGAUGGAGAGCAUAUCCGGGCCCACUGGUUCUGAGAACGACAGCUGCAUGGACGAGUAUGCGUCGCUGCAGGCGUGGCGGCGCGUGCGGGAGGCGUUCGUCCGCCAGGCGGCGCUGGUACGGCGCGCGGACGCCGAGCUCGGCAGCCUCAUCCUGCUCUCCAACUCGAAUAACUUCUACUUCAUCUGUCUGCAGGUCUUCAACGGUGCUGGGGGCGAAGACGGCAUGUCGCUGAACAAGGUGUACUACCUGACGUCGGUGGCGUGGCUGUGCGCGCGCGCAUGCGCCGUGGUGCUCGCCGCGGCUGAGGUCAACGUCCGUUCGAGGACCGCACUCGGGUUCAUAUAUGAGUACCCUGACAGGAGCUAUAAUGUCGAGGUGCAGAGGCUGGAGAAGCAGCUGACCAAGGACGUGGUGGCGCUCAGCGGGAAGGGGUUCUUCUAUCUGAACCGCGGCAUCCUCUUAGAGGUGGUGUCGUCUAUUAUAAAGUAUGAGUUAGUGUUAUUAGAGUUUGACAAGAAAUAAAUGCAACUUUAGCCAUUAACCGUAAAAAUAAACAUUUAAAAGUUUUUAUGUUGGUUAUUAAAAAAACUGACUUUUAUUAUUUGCAACGCCUGCACGUCAUUGAAUUACUUUUAUCUGAGUUUUGUACCAUCCUAGAACGGAGAGAGGGCAAAACAAACAUAUUGUGAGUGUGGCAGAUAGAUAAAACACUUCCUAUUACACUCACGGCAAAUGAAA